AUGGAUUACAAAGUAGUGGAAUUGGAAGUAACGGAUGAGGAGAAAAUGUAUGCAUUGGAAGAAGGUACAGUUUCUCGAGAGUGCAACAAGCUUAGAGAUAUAAAGAAAAAGGUGAUAUCAACAAUCGUUAAUGCUCCAUUCACAGUCAGCUGUUGCGUUAUUCAGGUAAUUUGCUAUUGUUUAGAAAACGAGCAUUUACUGGAUUUAUUAUGCUUUGCACCAGGUAAAAGGGAUGAAUUGUGGCGAGCAGUAACGUAUGCAUUUCUCCAUUCAAACCUUUAUCAUCUCAUACCGAAUUUACUAUUUCUUCUACUUGUUGGAAUAUUAACAGAACAUGACCAAGGAACUUUGCGAGCAUUUAUUGUCUAUACUACAGGAAUAAUUGCAGGAGUUUUUGGUUGCAAUCUUUCUAACAGACAAGAAAAAGUGGUAGGGACAUCAGCAGCAAGUUACUCUAUGUUAUUGUCUCAUGUUCUUCAUUUAGGGAUGAACUGGAAGACAGUCAGGUACAAAGAUUACCGCAUGAUAAUAAUCUUCUGUCUCUGCUUCAGUGACAUAAUUUCAUUUAUAGUAUGUUCAUACUUCUUUCAAAAUGUCUUUGUUUCGUGGAGUUCCCAUUUUUUUUCAAGUAUAAAUGGUCUCUUAAUAAGUGCAAUUAUAUUUAAAUCAAACAAACCAUGCCAUUUACUACGAUAUUUUUCUAUUGCAAUUUAUACUGCAUUAAUGACAUAUUCCUUUAUAACUUAUGUGCCAUGGGUUGCAAAUACUACAUACAAAUAUUCAAGUUAUCAUUACUUUAAUACACAAUUAAAUAGUACGAGUGGAAUUAAAAAGACUGUUCAUAAUCUGUCUAUAUCUUAUAAUGAUUAUAGAAAUUUACGAAUAUAA